GCUCUACAGCGUCGUCUGCUCGUGUAUACGCGCGCGCGAUUUCCCUCUACAUCUGUAUACUCUUUUUUCUCGAUGAUGCUCGCGCGUGCCAGCGAGCGAAAAAAAUCUAUACCGCGGAGACAGCCAAAAUAAGAUCGAAAUCAGACGUUAACACGCAUGCCCGCUGGCGCGCGCACCUUCGCCGCAUGUUGCCUUUAUCACGCGAAAAAAAAAUGCGCGCCGAACACUGCUGCUGCUGCUGCUGCUGCUGUACGACCUCGUCCAAGGGGAUUACGAUGCUCUGUUUGCAAAGUUGAAUCAUGUGAUUGCAUGCGUUGCAUCGUCCUUUACGACGUUUCCACUCUUUCCUCGCGGAUUGCUGAAGCUGAGAAUCGUUGCGACGCUCUCGAUUGACACGAACUAGACGAUUGUCAGGUUAAUUCUGGAAUUAUGUAUCUGUCGGCAACCACCUUGUCUGUAAAAGAAAUAUUUGCCAACUUUGAACAUCCAGUAGUGAUGGCUUUCGGCAAUCCACUAUUGGAUGUGAUUUUGACAGAUGAUGAAAAUAAUCUGUUGUCAAAAUACAAUCUCAAGAUUGAUGGACAGACUGAACUUGAGGAGAAAGUAAUGGAACAACUAUUUGCUGAUUUACCAGAGGACAUGAGUCGUCUAUGACUCAUGAGUUUCUGGUCUCCUGUAUGAUAUCUAAACGGACAACUAGUGCUGGAGGGUGUGCUCAAAAUACAAUGAGGGUGUUACAAAAGCUAUGUGGUAAAAAAAAUGGUCCUAAAAUAUGUGUUUACUAUGGUGGCCUAGGCAAAGAUUCUAGAGGAGAUAUAUUAGAGGAAUUAGUACGAUCAGCAAAUGUUGAUGCAAGGUAUGCAAUACAUCCAACCCUUCCAACCGGAGUGUGUGUCUCAAUAAUAAAUGAUGGAUACCGGAGCUUAGCAGCAACUUUGGGAGCUGCUUCUAUUUACACACUGGAAGAUUUAAAAACUACAGUGUUACCUUUAGAUACAGUAAGAGUUAUUUAUAUAGAAGGAUUCUUUGUUACGCACAGCUUGGAUGUGGCUAAAGAAGUUGUAAAGAGAGCACAAGGCAAAAAUAUUGUUAUAGCGUUAAACCUCAAUGGAACGUAUAUUUUUGAGGAUCAUCAUGCAGCCUUAUGUGAAAUGGUUGGUCUAGCCAAAAUAGUUUUUGGCAAUGUUGAAGAAAUGAAAGCUUUAGCAAACUCAUUAAAUCUCAAAUUUGACAAUCCAACAGACAUUCCAUUUCUUUUGAAUAAUUUAAAAGGUGUAUCAGUAAAUGCAUCCAAUUCAUCAAGUGGGAAUUGGUUGAUGAGUGAUGGCAUCUUUGUUAUGACUCAAGGUGACGUAAACCCUGCUAUUGUAGUUUGGGGUCAAGGCCAGUCUGCUCAAAUUUCACCCAUCAAACCUAAAUCGCCAGUCAUAGAUACAACUGGAGCUGGUGAUUCUCUAGUUGCUGGUUUCUUAGCUGGAUUACUUACUAAAAAAGACCCAAAAACUUGUUUAGAAUGGGGCUGUAAGGUAGCCUCAGAAGUAGUAACAAACAUAGGUGCCACUUUAUCCAAUGAUCUUCCUGCUGAUUUUUUACAAUGACGCUAAUAGGGCACUUUUUUCAUCAGCAUUUCAUUUAGCUAUACUUUAUUUACCAACUCAUUAUUGUUCUGGUAAAUCUUGGUAAAUAGCUUUGGUAAAAUUUUGGUAAAUAACUUAAUAGAACUACAAUUUCAUGCUGAAUAAGUUCUAAUGCAAUCACUGACUUGUUAAAUAUAUCAAUUUUAAAUAGCAAAAAUUAAUAAGUUGGUAAAAACAGGUUAUAUAAAAAAGAUACUCAAUUAUAAAUUAUGGAACAGAUAUUAGAGGAUAUCUAUCUCAAAAGUCUCCUGCUUUUUAAGGGGAUUAAUUAAACUAAAAUUAUACAAAUAUUUGAUUAAUGCAUGUUCAUUAAAAUUAAGUUCAAUCCACCCUUGAAAGUUUGGGUCCCAUACAGUACAAAUCAGAUUCCAAGGAUAAAUAUAUUCCUUAUACUGUAUUUGUUAUAUGGUUAAUAAAUUUUAACCAAAACCUUUUCAAUUGAUGUGAGUCUAGUCAUUAUGCUGUACUUAAGAAAAAACUUUACAUAGAUAAAUAUGUAUAUUUUGACAUAUUUUUCUACAAUUUAUUUGAUUAAUAAAUGAAAAAAUGACGUAUUUACUAUUUUUUGCAAUUGUAAUCAAGAUGCCGAAUGUUCAAUAAUUGACCAAUCUUGUUAUCCAACUCUAGACUAAUAAUGAAAAUUAUUUGAAAGUGAAUGUAAACUUUUCUGAAUGUAGAUCGUGGCUGCCUUGAUAAAAUUAUAAAUAAGACACAAAUACCUGACAGAUGUAUAGAUAAUAGUUACUCAUUGCGCUCUAUAUUUUUUCUGUAUAAUAAUGAAAUUAUGUAUUUGUAAGUUCUACGCAAUGAGAGUAUAAAUAUUAUGUAACAAAGCUAUGGUUUUUAAAGAAUAAAGUUCUAUUUAUUGUAAACUUAA